AAGUUUCUCUUUGGCAAAGAAAACACAGGUGUACCUCACUAGUUUUCACUUAUGGAGUUCUCGAGAAAAUCCCUUGUGAUCAAGACGUUGAUCUCAGCAAUAUUUCUAUUGGGAUUAUCGAGUUGGAGUGUAGCGGAGUUUCGAGUCGCCGGACAUGCGACGACGAGUACGACGAUCGAGUUUCCGGCGUUAAACUGUCGGAAACACAGUGCGGUUCUGACGGAAUUUGGUGGUGUUGGUGACGGCAAAACAUCCAACACGGAGGCGUUUAAAGCUGCGAUAGCAAAUCUCAGCCAGCUCGCGGCAGAUGGUGGUGGUGCACAACUUGUUGUCCCGCCGGGGAAAUGGUUAACUGGGAGUUUUAAUCUCACCAGUCAUUUUACUCUUUUUAUCCAUAAAGAUGCUGUUAUUCUUGGAACUCAGGAUGAAUCAGAGUGGCCUCAUCUUCCUGUUCUGCCAUCUUACGGGAGGGGAAGAGACGCCCCUAAUGGAAGGUUCAGCAGUCUUAUUUUUGGCACCAACCUCACAGAUGUCGUCAUUACAGGUAACAACGGUACCAUCGAUGGCCAAGGAGCUUACUGGUGGAAAAAGUUCAAAGAGGAGAAAUUAAAUGUAACCAGGCCUUACUUGAUCGAGAUAAUGUAUUCUAGUCAGGUGCAAAUUUCGAAUCUCACAUUGGUUAACUCUCCAUCAUGGAACGUUCAUCCCAUAUACAGCAGUGAUAUAAUUAUCCAACACUUGACCAUUCUUGCACCAGUUGAUUCUCCUAAUACAGAUGGAAUAGAUCCAGAUUCAUGCACAAACACUAAAAUUGAGGACAGUUUUGUAGUCUCGGGGGAUGACUGCAUAGCAGUCAAAAGUGGUUGGGAUCAAUAUGGAAUCAAGUUCAACAUGCCAACCAAGAACUUAGUGAUUAGAAGAUUCACCUGCAUAUCUCCUGACAGUGCCACCAUUGCUCUCGGGAGCGAGAUGUCAGGUGGGAUCGAAGAUGUAAGAGCCGAAGACAUCACGGCAAUCAACACUCAAUCUGGUGUGAGGAUUAAAACAGCUGUGGGAAGAGGAGCUUAUGUGAAAGACAUUUAUGUUAGGAGGAUCACAUUGAAUACAAUGAAGUAUGUGUUCUGGAUGACUGGCUCUUAUGGCUCACAUCCAGACCCCGGUUUUGACCCAAAAGCAUUACCGGUAAUCAAAGGGAUCAAUUACAGAGACGUUGUGGCUGAUAAUGUUACAUAUUCAGCAAGACUGGAUGGGAUCGAAAACGAUCCUUUUACGGAUAUUUGCAUUUCUAAUGUCAAUAUCAAACUAACUUCAAAGCCAAAGGAGUUGCAAUGGAACUGCACUCAUAUUCAGGGAGUUACUAACCAAGUGACACCGGAACCAUGCAACUUGUUGCCUGAGAAGGAGAUUGAUUGCCCCUUCCCUGAGGACAGGCUGCCUAUCGACAAUGUCAAGUUGAAGACUUGUUCGAUCAGCGGCAACUUCUGAUGUUAAAUUAUACUACUGCUUAUAAUGAACCACAGUACCACACCUACUUUAGCAUCUGAGAGAAAAUAAAAAGAGAGAUGUUUUGUCAACUUAUGUCAUCUAUGUUUAGCACCUGAUUAAUGUUACAUUUUAUAUAAGUUUUUUAUAUAUAAUAUAAUGCCCUUUAUAUCCUA